AGUUGUCAUCUGUGCCCAAGAGGCUUUUGUGAUAGUAAUUUAAUGCGAAUAUUAUGACUUUUUAUUUAGUUUCUGUUUUAGAUUUAGUGUUGAAGAUGUGUAUAAACUAGAAAUCCAUAUAAAGUGCAUUGCUGUGUCAUCGGCUGUAACAGUCGUAGCAAACGCAAAUCAAGAAACUUAACAUAUCUUUUGUAAAUGUCUUAUCAAGUAAAAGUGACACAGGGCACACUCGAGGGUAAAAUCUGUGCAGCAUGUGAUGGGACAAAAUAUUAUAGCUUUGAAGGCAUACCAUACGCAAAACCACCAGUUGGACUACUUAGAUUUAAGGCCCCUCAAGAACCAGAUGAUUGGACAGGCAUCCUUGAUGCCAGCAAACCUGGUAACAAAUGUGCACAACUCAAUCCUUUAGGAAAAGGGACUGUAGAGGGCUCAGAAGAUUGUCUAUACCUCAACAUUUACACCCCAAGUUUGCCAGCUGAAAAAAUAGAAAAACUACCAGUAUUGUUUUUCAUACAUGGUGGUAGAUUGGUAGUAGGAUAUGGUGAUUACUACCGCCCAGAUUACUUUCUGAAACACAACAUUAUACUAGUAACAAUAAAUUAUAGACUGAAUAUACUAGGCUUUUUGUGCCUUGACACACCUGACGUGCCGGGGAACGCAGGUUUAAAAGAUACUGUCAUGGCAUUAAAAUGGGUUAAAGAUAACAUUAAAAACUUUAAUGGUAAUGAUUCUAAUAUAACAGCUUUUGGUGAAAGUGCAGGAGGUGCAAUUGCUACAUCUCUUUUGUCGUCAAAAAUGGCGGAUGGCUUAUGUGAUAAAAUAAUUUGCCAGUCAGGAAAUUCUUUAUCUGACUUGUACAUAGUUGAUGAAGACCCCAUAGAUAGAGCCAGUAAAAUUGCAAGUUAUUUAGGACAUGAAACGAGAGAUAAAAGAAAAUUGUAUGAAAUAUUUUGCAAUUCAUCAAUAGAGGAUUUAGUUUAUGCUUAUACAUCAGCAGAAAUGAAUCGACCGCCAUCAGUUGUAAACGCUUUUUUGUUACCAGUAAUAGAGAAAAGGUUUGAAAAUAUUGUGCCGUUUUUCGAUGAACAUCCCAGUGUUGCCCUUCGUGGGAAUCGUUUUCAAAAACUACCAAUAUUAGCUACCAUACAUUCAGAUGAAGGAAUUCCGUUUAUACGUAAAGAUGGCGAUGGAAAUAUAUAUUUCGAACAGGACUUUCAAUAUUUCAUCCCACGUUUCUUAUCAAUCAAACACAAUACGCCAAGAGCCUUGAAAAUCGCGAAAAAUAUACGCGACUACUAUUUCAAUGGUAGAAAUGUCGAUGGCAAUACUAAAAUGGAAUAUUUCAACCUGUUCAGUGACCAUUUUUUUGCACGGGACAUAUUAUUGUUUGUUGAGUUGGUGUCAAAAUAUGAAAAUGUCUUCUUAUGUCGUUUUGGGCACAGUGGUAAUAUGAAUACUAGGACAAUGAAAGAGAUGGGUCUAAAAGGGGCUACUCAUGGUGACUUAAUCCAGUACUUGUUCUACAGAAAAAAUAAAGCAAAAGUUGCUACAGAAAAUGAUUUAGUGGUAGUAGAUACUUUGAUAGAAGCUUGGUGCAAUUUUGCAAAGAAUGGAAAACCAUCUUGGAAUAAUGAUCGUUUGCAAUGGUCACCCUACACACAAGAUAAAAAAUUGUGCCUUCAUGUAAAAGACUCUGGAAUCAAAGUGGAACCCUAUCCUAAUUUUGAACGAAUAAAAUUCUGGUUUGAUUUGAUUAAUGAAAGAGCUAAACUAUAAUUGGAUUUAUUUUUUAAACUGGUCUUGGUGCUAGGUUGUUACCUUUUUUGAGGCUACUUAAUAUGAAAAAUUGUAGAAUAAAAUUAAUCAUUGAAUAUAGAUAGUGUUGUCAUACGUAAAAAUGAAAGGUUUGUGGUAGAAAAUUAAAAGGGUUUUUAUACUGCUUUAAAAAAAAAAUCUUUUGGUAUCAUGAGUGUUGCAAUAUUCAAAAAUUAAGGGUUUGUGAUGGCGAAUUUAUUCCAUAUUAACGUGGUGAAGCAAAACCUUAUACCUCUAAGAAAACUGUUGGUGAUGGACAUUAAUAUAUUUGUCACAUAGAACAUAUUGUUUUCUCAAUCGCAAAUAAGCAGUCAAAUAAACUAGUGUACAUAAUGUACUUAUUUUUCUAUUUUCUGUACUUAGGUUUCAAUCUGUGAUUGAUUAAUAUAUCUUUCUUAAGUUUGCAUAAUUUAACAACUUAAUAAGCAUAAAUAAAGUUGAAGUUUUCCUAAUA